UCCCCCUUAUAAAAGCCUCCGCCUCGGCCCCCCUCAUCCAGCCAGGUGCAACCGUGCAAGACGCUCCCGGCUCCCCACCACGACUUCUCCACAAGUCCAUCCCGAACUCUCUAGGCCCUCCUUCUCGGUCCCCCCUCGCGAGCCGCGGAAAUGGCGUUGCCGAAUCAGCAGGUCGUGGAUUACCCAAGCUUCAAGCUCGUCAUCGUCGGCGACGGUGGAACUGGUAAAACCACAUUUGUCAAAAGGCAUCUUACUGGCGAGUUUGAGAAGAAAUAUGAACCCACCAUUGGUGUUGAAGUUCACCCUCUAGAUUUUAGCACCAACUGUGGCAAAAUCCGCUUCUAUUGCUGGGACACCGCUGGGCAAGAAAAGUUUGGUGGUCUCAGAGAUGGCUACUAUAUCCAUGGUCAGUGUGCCAUCAUCAUGUUUGAUGUCACUUCAAGACUGACAUACAAGAAUGUACCAACAUGGCACAGGGACUUGUGCAGGGUUUGUGAGAACAUUCCCAUCGUCCUCUGUGGUAACAAGGUUGAUGUGAAGAACAGGCAGGUCAAAGCCAAGCAAGUUACAUUCCACAGGAAGAAGAACCUGCAGUACUAUGAAAUUUCUGCAAAGAGCAAUUACAAUUUCGAGAAGCCCUUCCUUUACCUUGCAAGGAAGCUGGCAGGGGACCAGAACCUUCACUUUGUCGAGGCUGUUGCUCUGAAACCACCGGAAGUGCAGCUUGAUAUGGCCAUGCAGCAACAGCAUGAAGCUGAGCUUGCGGCUGCUGCGGCACAACCCCUGCCUGACGACGAUGAUGACUUGAUCGAGUAGAUAAUAUCAUGGCCCUUGUUGAUGCGAGAGGAAGGACUAAACUAUAAAAGGCCGUAGUGGCUCAUCCUUAGGAACCUGGAUGUUUUCUUGUUAUGUGUCUGAUGAGUUGAGAACGAGUUAUGACAUUUCUGGAUUUGUUUUUUUUUUGAAACGAUUUCUGGAUUUGUUGGUGACUGAACCCAGCUCCUUUCGAGCAAUACAGUGCUUGUCAUAUGCUUGCGCGUGA